AUGACGGAAGAAAAUUCUCUAAAAGUAUUAACAUAUGAACAGUCUGUGCAAGCUAUCAAUGAUGCUUUUGCUGGUAAGCAAGCAUUUUUGAAGGCUGUUAUCAAGCAAAUUGAUGCUUUCCUCGAUUCAAACAAAAGUUUUCUUGAAAAAUUGUCGAAAAUCGAUCGUACUAUCCCAACAAAGCGCAAUUCUGGACUUAAAGCUGCUGCCUCAAGCUUCCUGUCAGCGAAUUUAAACUUUGUACCCAUUCCAGGUCCUACCGAUGAUUUUGCAUCAUUUGAAGAGCAUUUUAACGAAAUUCUUAGUAAGGUAAUGCUCUCUGUAUUCAGUAUUCCUCCUGGUUUGGACAUCGAACUCGAACUAUUCGAAUCUGACUUCCGACGCCCACUUUUUAAUAUUUUCGACAAAUAUUCUGCUGAUUCUAAAGCUUUAAUGCAAGAAGUUGAAAAGGAGAUAAAAGCUCUUAAAGCAUCUGAUGAUGAAUUCAAGAAAUCUCAUGACAAAUAUUUAAAGCAAAUAAAAAACAUCGAAAAUAUUUAUCAGAAGAUCCAACAAGCCCCGGAAGACGAGAAACUUAAGGACCAAAAGGUAAAGGCUGUUGACGAUUUAAAUGUUUUCCUUCGCGAUCAUAAAGAAUUACAUUUCAAGAAUCAAAAAGCACAUACGGACUUUAAUGCAUAUAUCGAGGGAUUUCUUACCAAGUUCGAAAUGGUUGACGAAAAGCUUCAUAACGACAUUACAAUCUGUUAUACCGAGUUUGCCAACCACAUUGAGAACAUCAGGACGAAAAAGGAGUGCACGCAAGAGUUCUUGAAACUAUUUGUCCAACCGAAUGUACUGGACAAUGAGCUUGAAACUGCCCUUUCUCCGUCAAAAGGAAUGCCAUUAACACAAGUUACGUGCUCUUGCAACAUUCCAAGCCUUACAUUCGAUAUAUCUAUGAUACUCGAUAAGGAUACUUUCGCUACAGAUUCCGGAAAAUACGUCGGAAAAAUCAAUGAUGAUUAUUUACCGAGACAAUAUGACGAAAUCCGUGUUUUGAAAAAUAAUAUCGUUACUAUAAUAUCCGAAGAUGAUAAAGGAAGAUAUUUGGUUCAGCCAAACCCUUCAUUUGUCGGAUACGUUCCAAAGCAGUUCGUUGAUAUCGCGCCUGAUUAUAUUUGCCAUACUUGCCUUAUUACAGAGAAUAUUCAAUGCGGAAAAGUGAAUUUAAUGCAAGGAUCUAAAGUAUAUGUCAAAAAUAAAAUUGACGAUAUCGCUGUUGUAUCUACAGUCGAUUUCCAAGAAUUACAAAUUGCAGGAAACUUAGUUAACUGA